AUGUUGGGACUCAUGAGACCUGAAACGCUGUGCGGUGGAGAGAUCUCUGAACCGGCCGGGGUGAUCCUGUCUCCUGAUUGGCCACAGAAUUAUGCAAAGGGCCAGGACUGUGUGUGGGGGAUCCAUGUACAGGAGGACCGGCGGGUGCUGCUGGAGAUAGAGAUACUGAACAUCCGGCGCAGUGAUGCCCUGACGGUCUAUGAUGGCGAUGACCUCACAGCGCGGGUCCUCGGACAGUACAUGGGCGUUCACCAACGGUUUAACCUCUUCUCCUCCGCUAAUGAUGUGACCCUACAGUUCCAGUCUGACCCCAAUGACCCCGUGUUCAGUCUGAGCCAGGGAUUCAUCAUACAUUUCAAAGAGGUGCCACGGAAUGACACGUGCUCGGCUUUACCUGAAAUACAGUCGGGGUGGAAGACGUCCUCACACCCUGAUCUCAUCCGUGGCACAGUGGUGACCUAUCAGUGUGAACCUGGGUAUGACAUCAUCGGAUCAGACAUCCUCACCUGCCAAUGGGAUUUGUCGUGGAGCAAUGCCCCUCCCACCUGCGAGAAGAUCUUGAACUGCGCUGACCCCGGGGAGAUCGCCAACGGUGUCCGUAGGGCUUUCGAUCCACGGUUUCCCAUUGGCUCUCACGUCCACUAUUCCUGCAAUGAGGGUUACACGCUGGAAGGAAGCGAAAUCCUGACCUGUUACAACCGAGACACCGGGACCCCCAAAUGGAGCGACAGGAUCCCCAAGUGUGUCUUGAAGUACGAGCCAUGUCUGAACCCGGGCGUCCCUGAGAACGGCUACCAGACCCUGUAUAAGCACCACUACCAGGCCGGGGAGGCGCUCCGGUUCUUCUGCUACGAGGGCUUCGAGCUGAUCGGAGAAGUGACCAUCAUCUGCGUCCCAGGGCAUCCAUCCCAGUGGACGAACCAACCUCCUCUCUGCAAAAUUGCAUAUGAGGAGCUCCUGGACGACAGGAAACUGGAAGUUGCCCAGACGACAGACCCCUCCCAUCAGAUGGAGGGCGGAAACAUUGCGCUGGCGAUUUUCCUGCCCAUCAUCCUGGUCAUCCUGCUGAUCGGCGGAAUCUACAUCUAUUACACAAAGUUUCAAGGCAAGUCUUUGUUUGGGUUUUCGUUCCCGGCCUCCCAUUCCUACAGCCCCAUCACUGUGGAGUCCGAUUUCAACAACCCCUUAUACGAGGCUGGGGAUACCCGGGAGUAUGAAGUGUCGAUUUGA